UGUUUUUCCCUUCUGCAAAUAGCUGACACGUUUUCAGCUCUUGUUGCUGAAUCAACUCAAGUAGGCUGUAGUUUGCCCUUUAAAUGAUGAGGAGAGCGCCCAGAUUUCCCACCCAAAUGCGCUUGGAUGCUAUAGUGGGAUAAGGACCAUACAAUAACCUGUGCCUGUCCCUUCUUCUAGAUCCCGAGGAACAGGAUUCCCUGCAGCAGGUCCUCGUCACUCAACGCGAACAGACCAUGCCUCCUCCGGAAACCAUGUUUUGUGCUCAGCAGAUCAAAAUCCCCCCUGAGCUACCUGAUAUCCUGAAACAAUUUACCAAAGCUGCUAUCAGAACUCAGCCUCAUGAUGUUUUGCAGUGGGCAGCUGCGUAUUUUUCAGCGUUGUCAAAAGGCGAGCCCCUUCCUGUGAAGGAGAGGAUUGAAAUGCCUUUAGCGACAGAGAAAACAGAUGCUGCUUUGACCCCAGGACUCCUUAAAAUCUUGCACAAACAGCUUUCUCCCAAAGGCACGGUGAAUGUUGCAGAACUAAAGGAAAAAUGGAAGCACUUGUGCUUGCCAGAGGAGCAACUGAAAGCUCUCCUGCAGUUGGACGACUUCGGCGAGGAGGUGGAAUGGAUGAAGGUUCUGGCACUUGGGUGCAGCGUGCUCGGCGGGUCCUUACUGAGUUCAAUGAAACAUGCCUGUGAAAUCUUAACAAGGGACCCAGAGGGCGGAGCAGCUCGCAUUCCCUUCGAAACGUUCUCGUUCCUCUACUCCUAUUUGGCCAGUAUCGAUGGAGAGAUACCAGAGGAGAAAAGGGAAGCGUUCCUCCACAGAAUUAAAGAACAAGCGGACCAACAAACUGGCAUGGUGUUGCUCAGAAACUUUCUGACCCAGCCCUCAACACUCUUUUGAUCAAGCCUAUUAUUUGGCACCAGGUGAGAGGGGAGGAAAAAAAAAAAAAAAGGAAUAAAUACAUGCAAGAAAAUAAUUUGUGUUCAGAGGACCGUUACUUGCACACUACAAGAAGAUCCUCAUCCCUGGCACUUCCUUUUCUUUAUCCCACUCUUGAAACGGCCCUUCAGUGGAUGUUAAUUGAAUACAUGGUUAUACUGUUCUCCUGCCUCUCAGAUAUGGAUGCUCACACCUAGGGAGCGAUGCCUUUGCUCCUCUGUUUAUAUGGAGUAAAAUGUAUUUUGUUACUUCAUAAGUGACUGUAAGAAAAGAAGUGAUCCACAAAAUUCAGUUUAGAGAAGACUGGACAGCUGGGAUUGGUGCAUUUCUCAUUAUGCUUCUGGAUAGCACUGACUUCUUUUGACUCUUACACAAAUACAGCUUCUUUUUUGACUACCUUGUCUGACUGAACAAGCUCUAUUAAAUGAAUAGUUCUACCGAGCCUCACUCAACAUGAAGAACCCUGUGGCUGAGCUGCUGGAAGAAACAUCAACUUGAGAAAGGACAGCCCUCUAAUGUAUAAUUAGAAAAGUCCAUCUAAGGAAGGAUCUGUUAAAAUACACCUUGUUUUCUGACAGGAAAAGCUACUGCAUUUGUCACAUUGGUGAGGAAAUACCUGACACAUAGUUCAGUUUCAUUUUCAGUUGUACAGCUGUAGUAGGUACAGAAGUCUAAAUCAACCAGAGCUACACUAAGUAUUGAGUGACAGAUAAUCAUACUUAAUUGCAGAAACAAUUGAGGCAAGAGUCAGGAUACUAGUGGCUACAGUAAAACUGGAAAAAUUCCAGUACUGGAGAAGGCCAAAACCAGGAGCAUAUGGAGUGCCCUCACCUGGCAACUCCAUCAAACAGAAGAAAGUAUUGUAGGAAGGAUGGAUCUGCAACCUUCUUCUUUUACGGUUGCUUACUUUGUUGAAGUAACACACUUAGCUGAUGAUGACUGACCAUGCUGUAGCAGGCUGUGUGAAGAAUUAACAGGACUAGAAGUUAUUAUAUUAAAAAUAUCACUGAAGUGCAGUGGAAUCCUCCUGCACACCCUUACUAUGUACCUGCACAUCUUACCAUUUUAUCAACCUCUAUCACUAAUACUUACAUGUUAGUCUACAGGCUGGGAACUCCUCCUGGUUAUUUCUGGAAGGAAAUGGGUAUGCACCCAGUGUUUGACAAUAGCACUCAGUAAUAUUACAAGUGUCCUUGGAACCUCCCCGCUGGUUUCUGUGGAGAGCUGUAAUUCUCAUCAUCAAUCCUAAAUUUCUUUGGGCAUGAGCUUGGGAACAACAGCCUUUCCCCGCUAUUGCCCUUGUACCACUAGCUGCAGCUAAAGCUAUUUUAGCCUCUUGGAGAACUCUGAAAUCUGCCCUCUCACCUCUGGCACACGCUGUAAUGAUGCAGUAAGUGCUGUCUCUCUGGAACACUGCUCCCAGCGGUGACACCGCCAGGUGGGAGGGGAGCUCUCUGUGCCUUUUCACUUGCAAUUGAUCCUCAACUCCAAGGAUUAGCUCUGUCCUAUAUCCACCAACUAUGAGCCAGGAAGUCAAAUGAGUACAGUCUCUCACAGAUCUCAUUCUUCAGCCUUGUCAGACUAAGCUCAAAGAGGUAAGAGAGAUCAAUAUAAUUUAUUC